AUGGCUGUCGUUGGCGCCGAUACAUAUGAGGAAUUUGGCAGGGAAGAUCAAUACCUAAUGCCACAUGAUGAGCGGGAGCGCGACAGACUCGAUGUGAUGCAUACCAUGAUCAAAGUUCUUAGGGGACAAACGAAUAGAAUAACUCACCCUCCGAUCGAUUCGUUAGUAAGACGGCCUGCCUCUUUGGCUGAUUUCGAUGAUCGAGCACGAGUGCUUGAUCUGGGCUGUGGCACUGGCAUAUGGAUGCUUGAUAUGGCCAAAAUCUACCCAGACGCACAGUUUGUUGGUGUCGAUAUCCACAACAUGGGUCCACCGACUUUGCUCCCCAACAUAUCGAUCCGAGCGCCCUGGGAUUACGAGACUAUCUGGGCCAUGGGUGAACGGUCGUGGGACCUUAUCCACUUGCAAAUGGGACUCGGUAGUGUGGGCGACUGGCUCGGGCUCUACCGCAAGGUCAUCCAGCAUCUGAUCCCUGGAAAAGGCUGGUUUGAACAAGUUGAGAUUGAUUUUGAACCAAGGUGUGACGACGGGACUCUGCCGCGAGGCCGCUUGACUGAGUGGUGGGAACUGUUCGUUAGGCCUGUGUAUGAUGAAGCAAAGCGCCCACUACAUUAUGACGGCCAUCGGAUACAUCGAGAAUUACAGGCCGCUGGAUUUAUUGACAUCCAACGUACAUCAUACCAGCUCCCCUUGUGCGGUUGGUCACAACAUCCAGCUGAGCGUCGCGCGGGCAUGUGGUGGAAUAUUGCACUUUCGUCCGGCCAUGAAAGCACGAGCGGACUUGGAAUGGAAGCGAUGAGUCUCGCCGCGCUCUGCAAAUAUGGAGGUGGAUCCUGGACUCCCGAACAGGUACGCCGGCUUUGUGAUGAAGCUUUGCAGCAAGCAUCUGACCCAAAUAUCCAUGCAUAUAAUGUACUACAUGUUUGGUGGGCAAGGGCUCCUGAGCUUCAACAAUCACGCCCAUAUUAA